AUGAUCGAUGCAGAGGGCUGCCUGCUUGUCUUCUUCCUCCUCGCCUUGCUGGAGGCUGCUCUUCUGUCUUUCCGUCUCUCCUUCUUCUCCUCCGUCUCUUCCUUCCUCUCUUCCUUCGUCUCUUCCUUCCCCUCUUCCUUCUUCUCUUUCUUCUCUUCCUUCUCUUCUUGUUCAGCCUCGUGUGCGUCUUCCUCUCAAAGCCCUUCGGAUGUUUGCCCUCGCUUCGAGCACACUCUCCCUCCGUCAGAAGAGGAUCCCUCGCCCCGCUCUCUGCGUUUUCCCUCGCUGUCGCUCCCGGCGGGAGAGGGCGAGAGAGAAGCGUACCUGCGUCUCCGCCGGAACUACCUUCUCGUCUAUCUCCUGGCCCAGGCGUCGGAGUGGAUCCAGGGACCCUACAUGUUUGCCUUCUACGCCUCUUCCUGUUCGCUCUCUCUCAACCAAAUAGGCUGGUUGUUUCUGACCGAGUAUGCCUCCACUGGCAUCUUCGGCUGCCUUGUGGGGUGCCUGGCGGACCUCUCCGGGCACCGCCAGGCCUGCCUCGCCUACUGUCUCCUCUGUCUCCUUUCCUGUUCUCUCACACGUGCCUUUCCCUCCUCCUUCGCGCUGCUUCUCCUCGGCCGCCUCCUCGGCGGUAUCGCUUUGAGCGUCUUGGAAACCGCCUUCGAAGCCUGGCUAGUCUCUGCGCAUCUCCGCCGCUGUUUCCCCCUCGCCUGGUUAGAGGAGACGCUCGGCGCAUGCACGCUUUUCAACGGCGUCCUCGCGAUUUUCGUCGGGUUCCUCGCCUCGGCCGUCUGCAAAUCCUUCGGCCUCAAAGCCUGCUUCGACCUCGCCAGCGCCUUCGCAGUUCUCGCUGCAUGCAGUAUCCUCGCGCUGCCGUCUCACGCGCCAGGGGGAACGAAUGCAUCGAAAAGGCGCGCGAGACACAGAGACGACAUGGACGAACCUGCAGCGGGGACAGCAGAGGAAGGCGAGGGAGGCGAGCACGAAGAGAAGGAAGACAGGGAAAAAGGCAGCGAGGAGCACGGCGGACGAGGCGCGCAAGGCCGUGUGAACACAUGGACCGAAGAAGAACGGACGGUUCGUGAGCGCGAGGAGGAAGGAGGCAGAGAAGGCCGAAGAGACAGCGGGAGAAAACCAGUUCCUGGAGAAGACGAGAUUCGUCACAAGGAGCCAGGCGACGGAGCGCCGGAGGUCUCCGCAGGGGCGCGUCGUUCGUCGUUUUCCUCUGUUUGCAUGCUCGGAGAUUGCCAUCCGCAGGAGAAUCGACAGCCGCUCGCCCCGGCGCUCGGGGAAUGUGGACAGGGACGCGCCUGGGAAGAGGCGGGCGGCGAACCGGAAACCGAAGAACGCCACUGGGGUGAAAUCUGGCGUGGGGUCGCGGGGCAUCUCCGGGCGGCGACGGAAGUUAUUCUGAACAACAAAGCCGUGCAAGCUUGCGGAGCGAUCCAGAUUUUCUUCGAGGUUCCCAUGUACAUCUUCUUCGUCACAUGGACGCCUGCACUCGAUCCGCGAAUUGACCACGGGCUCGUAUUCGCGUGUUUCAUGGUGUGUUUGGUCCUCGGAAGCGAACUGUUUCUCCAGUCGUGCCUGCGGGGCAGAGAUCCUCGACUCGCUCUCCGAGACGCGCUGAGUCUCGGCGCUCUCGCCCUCGCCGUGCCGGCUUUCACCACCUCGCACUCGCUUCGCUUCGCCGCCUUCUCCGUCUUCGAGGUGGCGUGUGGCGUGUACUAUCCAUGCAUCGCGACGGUGCGCGCGAAGGUGAUUGAGAACGGAACUCGCGCAGCGGUGGUAAAUCUUUUUCGCCUUCCUCUGAACGCGGCAAUUCUCCUCCUCGGCGGCUGGGGGCUGACGGAAGCGAAUCUCGGCCCACUCUUUGCGUUCUCGGCUGCCUUGGUGGCCGCAGCCGCAGGUUUUUGUGCGCAUCUGAUUAAGGCAGAGAAUGAACCAGCCGCCUCCAGUGGCUGCGCAGUCGACACGGGGCAGUCAAAGGCGUCGGUGGAAAGUUGA